UUUCACGCACAGGAGGAACUUUUGGCAGUUCCGGAAAAAUAAAGUUGACUCAGAUGAAGGACGACAAACAUGGCGACAAGCGGCGGCGAGAGCCGGGAGGAGCCCGGCGUCCCUUGCGACUCGUGCAUGGACGAGCCGGGCAGGGCCGUCAAAUCCUGCCUGACCUGCUUGGUGUCCUUCUGCGAGGAUCACCUCAGACCUCACCUGGAGAACGCCAAGUUCCAGAGCCACCGACUGGUGGAACCUUUACGUCACGUGGACGCGCGCACGUGUGACGUCCACCGUCUUCCGCUUGAGCGCUUUUGUCUGACGGACGGCCGCUGCCUGUGCUCGGACUGCUGCGGUCAGGACCACCAAGGUCACACCGCAACGUCUUUGGGGGAAGCGAGGGCUCGGAUCGAGAGUGAGAUGCGGAAAAAGCACCAGGAGAUAAAUCUGAGCAUCGUGGCCACAGACAAAGCAAUGGGGAAGCUGCGGAGCAACAACGACAGCAUGACGGCCGCGGUGCAGGAGGUGUCGGCGCAGGUGGACCAGCACUUCUCGAGACUUCAGGAGGCGGUGGCGGAGGCCAGGAAGCGGGCGGCGGAGCGGCUGGAGGGAGAGCGGAGACGAGCGCUGCGCCAGACGGAGGGCGUGGAGGCGCACCUGGAGCAGAGGAAGGCGGAGCUCAGCAAGACUUUGGCGAGGCUAAGCAAAGCGCUGCGGUGCGAGUGCGACGUCGCCUUCCUGCAGGAGUACUCAGAGUGGAAGGAAGGAGUGGAGGAUGUUUGUUUUCCUAAUGUCAGCGUGACCCGUUUGGACCAUGUAAACUCUUACGUCCCGGUGGUAGCCAGCGUCACGCGAGACUUGCGUGACCUGAUACUGACCUCCUACGACGAGAAACUCAGCGCCAUUUCUCAAGGCAGCCUGUCCCAGACGCCGCACGUUUGGUUGCCUGUUCCGAAGACCGCGGAAGACUUUUCGAAAUAUGCAAAGAAUUUGACCUUUGACCCGGACACGGUGCACAACUUCCUGCGUCUAACAGAGGACAACACCAAGGUCACCAACACCAGCCCCUGGCAGCACAGCUACGCGGAGCACCCGGAUCGCUUCGAGCACUGGCGCCAGGCGAUGACGUCACAGAGCGUCUACGAGGGCCGCCACUACGCCGAGGCGGAGCUGAGCGGCGAGGGGGCGCACGUGGGCGUCACCUACAAAAGCAUCGAGCGCAAGGGCCAAGAAAGCGCCGGCUGCAUCACCGCCAACGACUUCUCGUGGUGCGUCGGGAGGAACAGCCGAGGACUCUCCGCCUGGCACGCCGGCGUGGAGACGCCGGUGGAGGCGGCCGACGUGACGAGAAUCGGCGUGUACGUCGACUUCCGCGCCGGCCACGUGUCGUUUUUUCAGGCGAACGGCGCCAUGAGGCUGCUUCACAAGUACAACGCCAAUUUCAUUGAGCCGCUGUAUCUUGCGGUGUGGCUCUCAAAGAAGGAAAACGUCGUUUGUUUGGUGCAUACCAAAAAUAUCAUUUUGUAAAGGAUCAUCUGCCAAUUUCUGAACAUCUGUGAAGGGUUUUACACUCCCUUGUGAUGUCGCAGUUGGGCUAAUUUACUUAAUAGCUAUCUUCAGGGAAGAUCCAGAGCUACUUUCAAGUGACGGACAGGCUUUGACGAUGCACACAAGUGUAGCGUGUGAAGUUUUGCCACCAUGACUGAAAAAUGAAAAGAAAACCCAAAAAGUAAUCACACGUUGUCACGCGCUCCAUAAACAUAAACACUUGAAGAGUGUCUUGUCUUGGUAAAAUUUAUAUAUAACUUAUAAAGAAUACUGUCAUUUUGUCUAAUAAAUUGUGGAUAGCUCGCCAACUAGUAGAGUAAAAUCAAAUCUAAAAAAAAUUUGCAUUUUUGUAGUGUUGUGAGUUGACAAAAUGUCUGAAGAUACAAAUAUAACUUCAUUAAAAUCCAGUGUGUGUGUGUGUGUGUGUGUGUGUGUGUGUGUCUAUAUAAAUACAUAUAUUCUGAUUUGUGGACCCUAGUAGUGAGCUAGUUAAUGAAUGCAUCAUACAAGUAAAUUUUUUAUCAAAUUGAGUUUUCAGAGUAUAUUAACUUGACAAGAUUUUGAAAGAUGAAAAAUGGUAAUGCAUAUAUUUUUAAAUGUUUUUAGCAGAGUGCUUGCAAAUGACUUGAUGGAUAUAGACAGUGUCAUAAAUAAACAUUUAAAACAAAUUGCAU